UUUUACAGGCUGAUGAACCUGCCCCUGAAUUAAUGAGGGGCGAUCCAUUUCCAUGGCUUAAGAGUCUGGCGAGGUCCCAGUCAGCCAAGACUGCUGCAGAUUUGCAGUCACUUCAGACUGGGUGGAGUAUCCAAGUCCAUAGAGGAGCAAAUUCUCACCCUUCAAGGCUGCUGUGGAAGCUACCGGGGCUGGGACAGCAGAGAGGAACCCAGACGGAACACCGCCCUCCCGCCAGACUCCCGGCGGCUCCUCCUCCCUCUCCCAAACCCACUCCCAAAGCUAAGUGCAGGCUUCCCCGUUCCAGCCAGAAGCGCUGCGUGAGCUUCCACACGUAGCCGCAGGCAGCUCCUUAAAUAGCGUCCGCGCUAAGCAAACAGUCCAGACGUGGGACCCAGGAGGGCGAGCUGAGGCGACCGCACCGGGCGCGCAGCGGCCGCGGGUCAGCAGGCGGCCAAUAGCCAGGGCGCGGCCCGCCCCGUCGCCUCCCCUCGGGGAGCCUAUAAGGCCUCCGCAGCGCCCCGGGCGCCUGCUGCUCCGUGUCUCCGCCGACAACCUCACUCUGCUGCGUUACGCGCCGCUCCGGCUGCCGGCCGCGCGCCGCUCCCGCCCGCUCCCGCCCGCAAUCGGCGGCUCAGGGCGUACCCGGGUCUCUGCGUUCUCGCGAGAAGCGCGGCGCUGCGGGGCCGUGGGCGCCUGAGCCCGCGCGGCCCUCGAGGGCCGAAUAUGGGGGGAUGCACGGUGAAGCCUCAGCUGCUGCUCCUGGCGCUCGUCUUCCACCCCUGGAAUCCCUGUCUGGGUGCGGACUCGGAGAAGCCCUCGAGCAUCCCCACAGAUAAAUUAUUAGUCAUAACUGUAGCAACAAAAGAAAGUGAUGGAUUCCAUCGAUUUAUGCAGUCAGCCAAAUAUUUCAAUUAUACUGUGAAGGUCCUUGGUCAAGGAGAAGAAUGGAGAGGUGGUGAUGGAAUUAAUAGUAUUGGAGGGGGCCAGAAAGUGAGAUUAAUGAAAGAAGUCAUGGAACACUAUGCUGAUCAAGAUGAUCUGGUUGUCAUCUUUACUGAAUGCUUUGAUGUCAUAUUUGCUGGUGGUCCAGAAGAAGUUCUAAAAAAAUUCCAAAAGGCAAACCACAAAGUGGUCUUUGCAGCAGAUGGAAUUCUGUGGCCAGAUAAAAGACUAGCAGACAAGUAUCCUGUUGUGCACAUUGGGAAACGCUAUCUGAAUUCAGGAGGGUUUAUUGGCUAUGCUCCAUAUGUCAACCGUAUAGUUCAACAAUGGAAUCUCCAGGAUAAUGAUGAUGAUCAGCUCUUUUACACUAAAAUUUACAUUGAUCCACUGAAAAGGGAAGCUAUUAACAUCACAUUGGAUCACAAAUGCAAAAUUUUCCAGACCUUAAAUGGAGCUGUAGAUGAAGUUGUUUUAAAAUUUGAAAAUGGCAAAGCCAGAGCUAAGAAUACAUUUUAUGAAACAUUACCAGUGGCAAUUAAUGGAAAUGGACCUACCAAGAUUCUCCUGAAUUAUUUUGGAAACUAUGUACCCAAUUCAUGGACACAGGAUAAUGGCUGCACUCUUUGUGAAUUCGAUACGGUCGACUUGUCUGCAGUAGAUGUCCAUCCAAACGUAUCAAUAGGUGUUUUUAUUGAGCAACCAACCCCUUUUCUACCUCGGUUUCUGGACAUAUUGUUGACACUGGAUUACCCAAAAGAAGCACUUAAACUUUUUAUUCAUAACAAAGAAGUUUAUCAUGAAAAGGACAUCAAGGUAUUUUUUGAUAAAGCUAAGCAUGAAAUCAAAACUAUAAAAAUAGUAGGACCAGAAGAAAAUCUAAGUCAAGCAGAAGCCAGAAACAUGGGAAUGGACUUUUGCCGUCAGGAUGAAAAGUGUGAUUAUUACUUUAGUGUGGAUGCAGAUGUUGUUUUGACAAAUCCAAGGACUUUAAAAAUUUUGAUUGAACAAAACAGAAAGAUCAUUGCUCCCCUUGUAACUCGUCAUGGAAAGCUAUGGUCCAAUUUCUGGGGAGCAUUGAGUCCUGAUGGAUACUAUGCACGAUCUGAAGAUUAUGUGGAUAUUGUUCAAGGGAAUAGAGUAGGAGUAUGGAAUGUCCCAUACAUGGCUAAUGUGUACUUAAUUAAAGGAAAGACACUCCGAUCAGAGAUGAAUGAAAGGAACUAUUUUGUUCGUGACAAACUGGAUCCUGAUAUGGCUCUUUGCCGAAAUACUAGAGAAAUGACUUUACAAAGGGAAAAAGACUCCCCUACUCCGGAAACAUUCCAAAUGCUCAGCCCCCCAAAGGGUGUAUUUAUGUACAUUUCUAAUAGACAUGAAUUUGGAAGGCUAUUAUCCACUGCAAAUUACAAUACUUCUCAUUAUAACAAUGACCUCUGGCAGAUUUUUGAAAAUCCUGUGGACUGGAAGGAAAAGUAUAUAAACCGUGAUUAUUCAAAGAUUUUCACUGAAAAUAUAGUUGAACAGCCCUGUCCAGAUGUCUUUUGGUUCCCCAUAUUUUCUGAAAAAGCCUGUGAUGAAUUGGUAGAAGAAAUGGAACAUUAUGGCAAAUGGUCUGGGGGAAAACAUCAUGAUAGCCGUAUAUCUGGUGGUUAUGAAAAUGUCCCAACUGAUGAUAUCCACAUGAAGCAAGUUGAUCUGGAGAAUGUAUGGCUUCAUUUUAUCCGGGAGUUCAUUGCACCAGUUACACUGAAGGUCUUUGCAGGCUAUUAUACGAAGGGAUUUGCACUACUGAAUUUUGUAGUAAAAUAUUCCCCCGAACGACAGCGUUCUCUUCGUCCUCAUCAUGAUGCUUCUACAUUUACCAUAAACAUUGCACUUAAUAACGUGGGAGAAGACUUUCAGGGAGGUGGUUGCAAAUUUCUAAGGUACAAUUGCUCUAUUGAGUCACCACGAAAAGGCUGGAGCUUCAUGCAUCCUGGGAGACUCACACAUUUGCAUGAAGGACUUCCUGUUAAAAAUGGAACAAGAUACAUUGCAGUGUCAUUUAUAGAUCCCUAAGUUAUUUACUUUUCAUUGAAUUGAAAUUUAUUUUGGAUGAAUGACUGGCAUGAACACGUCUUUGAAGUUGUGGCUGAGAAGAUGAGGGGAAUAUUUAAAUAACGUCAACAGAAGGACUUCAUUUUGGGCCAAACAUUUGAAAAACUUUUUAUAAAAAAUUGUUUGAUAUUUCUUAAUGUCUGCUCUGAGCCUUAAAACACAGAUUGAAGAAGAAAAGAAAGAAAAAACUUAAAUAUUUAUUUCUGUGCUUUGUUGCCUCUGAGAAUAAUGACAAUUGAUGAAUUUGUGUUUCAAAUUGAUAAAAUAUUUAGGUACAAAUAGCAAGACUCAUAAUAUUUUCUUAUUUAAAAAAAGCAUGGGAAGAUUUUUAUUUAUCAAAAUAUAGAGGAAAUGUAGACAAAAUGGAUAUAAAUGAAAAUUACCAUGUUUUAAAACCUUGAAAAUCAGAUUCUAACUGGAUUUGUAUGCAACUAAGUAUUUUUCUGAACACCUAUGCAGGUCUUAUUUACAGUAGUUACUAAGGGAACACACAAAGAAUUACACAAUGUUUUCCUCAAGAAAAUUAGUACAAAACACAACUGAGGAGCGUAUACAGUUGAAAACAUUUUUGUUUUGAUUUUAAGGCAGAUUAUUUUAUAUUUAUAUUAAAAAUCAAACCCUAUGUUUCUUUCAGGUGAAUCUUCCAAAGUGGAUUAUAUUAAGCAGGUAUUAGAUUUAGGAAAACCUUUCCAUUUCUUAAAGUAUUAUCAAGUGUCAAGAUCAGCAAGUGUCCUUAAGUCAAAGAGGUUUUUUUUUUGUUUGUUUUUGCUUUGUUUCCUUUUUUAGAAAGUUCUAGAAAAUAGGAAAACGAAAAAUUUCAUUGAGAUGAGUAGUGCAUUUAAUUAUUUUUUAAAAAAACUUUUUAAGUACUUGAAUUUUAUAUCAGGAAAACAAAGUUGUUGAGCCUUGCUUCUUCCCUUUUGCCCUUUGUCUCGCUCCUUAUUCUUUUUUUGGGGGGAGGGUUAUUUGCUUUUUUAUCUUCCUGGUAUAAUUUCCAUUUUAUUCUUCUGAGUGUCUAUGUUAACUUCCCUCUAUCCCACUUAUAAAAAAAUUCUCCAACAAAAAUAUUUGUUGACUUGAUGUUUUAUCACUUCUCUAAGUAAGGUUGAAAUACCCUUAUUGUAGCUACUGUUUUUAAUGUAAAGGUUAAACUUGAAAAGAAAUUCUUAAUCACGGUGCCAAAAUUCAUUUUCUAACACCGUGUGUUAGAAAAUUAUAAAAAAUAAAAUAAUUUUAGAAA